AUGUCUUCAAAUACUAAUCGUUGUUUGAUGGUCCGUAAAAAAGCUCUGCCAAUGAAUAUCUUUCGGUAUGAAUAUACCAAACUAAAAGAGAAACUAUCAUUUUGUAAAAGUGAAGUUUAUUGGAUUCUUGAUGAGCCUAACUCAUUCAAGCUUUGCCCCAGGGAAAUCUGUUACCUAUUCAAAUACUGUCUUAUGUACCAUUAUUUGAAAUCGAGUACACCAUUUUACAGCAGCGUGUUCAAUACAGAAUAUCGGUCUCUUUUCUCGUUUUACAGAAGAAAGUCACAAUUAUAUGAUCCACAUUAUUAUUUAAGAGAUGAUCAUUCUUACUGGGCGUAUCUGGUGAGGGGUCCCGACACAGGCAAUGGGAAGUUAUAUUUCUCCACCACUAUUAGUGAAGAAGGGAUAGAUGGUUUCAACAAAAGUGUAUCGGGCUAUAAAAAUGAACCCCCUCCGCUGGGUUUCAUUGAUUUAAAUAUUUUUAACGGAGAGAUUAAAGCAUCUGAGGAUAUGCCCUCGUUGCCAGCUAUUUUAGGAGAUAAUGAUAUAGAAUUUUUACCCCCUUCAGAUUUUGGACCAACUCCUUGUGAAGUUCUCUUUUAUCAUUUCAAAAAAUCUGAUGCAAUUGUGUAUCGUGAUCUAUUUAUUGUAUAUAGGAAUAGGGCGAUCAAACGUGGAUAUUUGCCCAACUUUGACGGCAUUUUGAAAGUUCUCCUAGAUCCUCCCUAUGAGAUUUUCAUCACUGACAUUGCUAUAAAGGGCGAACCUGUGAAUGGUCGAAAGAAAAAGUACAGUGAAGUUUAUCAUGACCGUGAUGUUACUUGGGCUGAGAGACAUUGCUACCAAAGAUAUUUUGUCUGUAAAUUUAACCAAAUGAGGAAGGGGUCGAGUAGUUAUUUCACAUUGUCGUUUUUACAAGAACAUUUGGAAGGGAAUCCAGUGCUUCGCAGAAAAAACAAGGCCACUUACAUAGUUUCAACGUCAUGUCAUUGA